GCCCCCCUCAGUGUACGUGGUGGGUGUGCACAUUAAAUUAUAUUUAAGCGCUCACAUUUUGCAUCAGACAGAGAUUUUCUGCAGCUCCAUUAACUGGCAGCAUGGCGAAUGAGAAAGAGGCACCUCUGGGCUCCAUCGAGAACCCGAUCAAGUUCCAGGACCAGGACUACAAGACUCUCCUGGAGGAGUGUCUGAAGUCCGGUGUGCUGUUCUCUGAUCCCAUCUUCCUUGCCGAGCAGAAGUCCAUCGGUAUGCCCGAAGAUCCGGAUCCCAAAAAGGCAAUCACAUGGAAACGACCCAAGGCAAUCAGUGAGAACGCUGUAUUUGUGGAGGGAACGACUGGAACCACGGAUAUCUGUCAGGGCCAACUAGGUAACUGCUGGCUGCUGGCCGCCCUGUCAUGUCUCACCAUGCACCCCACACAGUUUGUGAAGGUGGUGCCACCCGACCAAAGCCUGGAUGAGCCUUAUGCAGGCAUCUUCCAUUUUAGGUUCUGGCAGUAUGGUGAGUGGGUGGAGGUGGUUGUGGAUGACAGGCUGCCAGUACGCGAAGGCCGUCUGCUCUUCAGCUACUCUCACACCCGCAAUGAGUUUUGGAGCGCCCUGGUGGAGAAGGCCUAUGCCAAGUUAGUGGGAUCCUACGGGAGCCUGAAGGGAGGCAACAUCUCAGAGGGGAUGGAGGAUUUCACAGGCGGCAUCGCUUACUCGCUGCCUGUCUCGUCCCGCACCCCUCGAGUCCUCUGGAGGUCUCUGACAGCUGCUCUGUCCCGAGGCAGCCUCCUCAGCUGCUUCAUCCAGGCCACCAACUACCGCGAGGUUGGUCAGGUGACAGGGGACGGGCUGGUGAAGGGCCACGCGUACGCCAUCACCGAUGCCGACAAGGUGACGAAAGCCUCGGAGGAGGUCCUGCUGCUGAGGCUGAGGAACCCCUGGGGUUUCAUCGAGUACCGCGGCCCCUGGAGUGACAAAGGUAAAGAGUGGGACGACGUGGAGCAGUCGGAGAAGGAACGGAUCGAGCUGAAAUCGACGGAGGACGGAGAGUUCUGGAUCAGCGCCGACGACUUCAGCGCCCUCUUCAACGUGGUAGAGCUCUGCAGUGUGAAUCCCGACUCUCUCGAGGAGGAAAACACACCUGCCGCCACGUCCACCUGGACCAUCAGUGAGCAUGAAGGGUCCUGGAUCCCCGGGAGCUCUGCUGGAGGCAGCCGCAAAUACAACAAAUCGUUCUGGAAGAAUCCGCAGUUCCAGCUGAUCCUGAACGAGAAGGACCAGACGGAGGAGGAGGACGAGGAGGAGGACGAGGACGAGGAUGACGACGAGGAGGAUCCUGAGAUUACCCCAGAGGAGAGGAAGAGAAUAGAGAAAAAGAAGCAGAAAUCCAAGCAGUGCACCGUGCUGGUGGAGCUGCUGCAGAAAAACCGCAGGCAGAAGGAUAAAAUCCACUUCCUCUACAUGGGUUUCCACGUCUACAAGGUUCCUCCUGAGUCGGAGGGAGUUUGUUUGACUCGCAACUUCUUUAUGAAGAAUCGCCCCGUGGGUCGUUCUGGAAAAUACAAGGCUCAGAGGGGUGUGUGGAGGAAGCUCCGUCUGGACCCGGGCAACUACAUCAUCGUGGCUUCCACGUAUCGACCAAACCAGCCUGGAGAGUUCUUUGUUCGCAUUUUCUCCAAGACUGGAAACACUCUGGGGACUCAAGACUUCACCUGCACCUCUGACUUCCUCCCAGUUAUGUCGGCUCCUGCAUCCAUAGAGGAUCAAGUGAGAGUUCAGAAGACUUUUGCCGUCGAGGCUGGACCAGAUAACAGACUGAGAGCCAAAGACCUCAUGGAGCUGUUCAACUCAGUUCUUGACAGAGAUUACCAUCUGCCACUGGAGACGUGCAGACAGCUCAUCUUCGGAGAGGACACUAAAGGGCGCUCCACUCUGAGCCGUGAGCAGGCAGAAGCCCUGCUGGCCAAUCUGCGCAAUCUGCAGUCCAUCUUCUUUGAGUUUGACGAGGACUCGUCCGGGACAAUGAGCCCCUUUGAACUCAGCACAGCUCUGGAAGCCGUUGGAAUGCAGUGUGACAUCAAGGUGGUUCAGCUGCUGUCUGCGAGGUUUGCAUCUGGAGAACUUCAGCUGCCCUUCCAUGGCUUUGUGUCGUGUUUCACCAGGCUGCGCACGCUUUUUGCUCUGUACGAAUCAGAGACCAGCCAGGAGGUGAAGGACAGAGGCAUCAACUCUUGGCUGCUGCAGUUCCUGACACUGUGAAGAUGUUUCCUGAAAAGCGUCUCCACCGGGAACCAAAGAGCCACAGUAUAAACACAUAAUCUCUACUUUACUCUAAAACUCUUCUAUGAAUUCAUUCAAAGACCGUGCUGUGGCCCUCAUUAAUUUCUGCUUUAAUGUGCCAAUAUUAAUCUCAUACCACUCUGGAGUAAUGCUAUUAAAAUACUCUAAUAAAAUCAGCUUUGUAGUUA